UAUUGCGACGAACACACAGCCGUAGUGCGAGAGGUGCAAAAACAUGACAGCGUUUAGUGUUUGUUUAUAAUCGAUUCACACCAGGCAGCAGCGACCAGGGCAGGAUGAGGCCAAUACAGUGCUCACCCGCAUAAAAGAUUUCGUUUUGCACUCUUUCCCGGGGCGAGAAGCAACAUUGGCCAGCAAUUGGCAGCCUCCUGGUGGUGGCUCUAAAAAUAAGAAAUUCACUCACCGAGGGGGAGCGUGCGUGCGUGCGUGGUAUUGGUGAUGCUUCCGAACUGUGGCAAAUUUUGGCAAUGUCAUUCGAAGGUUUCCUGCCCUAGGUGAGGUGGAGCGGAAGAAGUGAGCUGCACUUUUGCAGCUGCUGCAAAAUAAUUACGUUCUAAUUGCACGUCCUACGCGGCGUAGUGUUCGCGUACCAGGAGCGGGUCCCCUCCCUUCCCUCCCGUGUCGUGCUGUUGUUGCCGUUUCUGUGUGCGCGCGCGUCGUGUGUGCUUCCCCGACCCGUUCUCCGAUGGGUGACGAGCUGGACAUGAACUUUGGGGGAUUGCGGGACAAGAAUGAGAUCAUCCGAAAGUACGUGGAUAAUCUGAACCGCCUGCGGGUGCUGGCCGCACGGCGCGGCCAGAUCAGCGAGACCGAGUUCAACAACUACCUGAUCCGGCACUACUUCCACAAUAACAACAUCAUCAACUACAUCUUCGACAAGCACACGAGCCGCACCCUGCUGAAGACGGUGAUCGAGCGGAAGAAGAAGAUCAUCAACUUUAUCUUCGUGCUGCUGACGCUGUUCGUCGUGUUCUCGUACAAGCACGAGGUGUCGACGGUGGUGCUGCGCAACAUCCAGAGCUUCAUCUACCCGGGGAUGCGGUUCUGGCGGAAGGCGACCGUACCGAUCAUCGCGUCCUAUCCGGCACUGAGCGAGUACUACGACGAAAGCUGCCUGCUGACCAAUCCGUACUUUCAGGUGGAAAACCUCAACUGUGAUCCGUGCGCGGACGUGGCCAACGUGCUCGACUUUACCUCGGUGCCGAACGAGGUGCCGCGCUCGUCGCUGGUCGCCUCGGCCGCCGUCAAUUAUCCGUACAUCUUCAAGACGCAGAAGGAGCUGGUCGACAUCGGCAGCCUGCAGGCGCUGGUCGAGCAGCACCGGUCCGUCUUCACCAAGGACGCGUACCGGGUGCAGUCGACCGACGAUGCCAUCCACAAUCUGGACGAUCUGUUUCGCGUGUUUGCGAACGUGAGCGAGCGCACCGCCGGUGGCCAGGGCGGGGGUUCCACCAUGGGGACGCGCGAAAGCCACAACGUGUGGCGCUGCAAUCGGAUGGAACCGGCCCGGCUGUUGCGGCGGUUGUUUCCCCGCCCGAACCGGCUGCCGGCGACGGGCGUCAGCUUGGAGCGGUUCCUGCUAAUCGACACACCGCAGGCACCGCUGUACAGUGUGCCCGAUGCGGAGUGUGCCAACAUGUUCGUGAUUCAGGGCAGUGGCAGCAGGACGUUUAUGCUGCGGCCGACGCAAGAGUGUAGGCACCGCUGCCGGACACUUUCCGUGCGAUUGCCACCGUACUAUGGACUAAUUUACAACUGGUGGUACUGGAGGCCAGUAUCGUUACCCGAGUUCACCGCCAAAACCCCAUCGAUUAGCUAUGUAGGCAGUUAUUGCUGAGAGGUGCGGCGUCGUCCAGCACAAUGCGCACCAUUUGCGCACCUGAACCUGAUAUGAAGCAACGGAACCGAUUUGCAUUUAUAGCAAGUUGCAGAAUAGGAUUCUUUCUUUUCGCUGCGGCGUGUUAUGGGUCAGAGCGUUAGCGUUACUAGAGAGAAAGAGAGAGAGAGUGGCCGAGUCAAGGAAGAAGCAUUACGCGUCCUUUUGUACGCAAGAAGACAACCGGAAUUUCCAAAGAGUGCAUAGAGAGUAGGAGAGAGAGUAGGUCACGUUUGUGUUGAAUUAAUUUGAUAUUUUAUAAUUCUUUUGCGCAUUAAUGCACCUUGUUUGGAACCAAAAAGAAAGGAGAGAAAAGAUAAAUUUAACUUAGCGAGAGAAUCUACAAAAGGUGAUUCAACCCGCGAGCCUAACUAACGUAGGUAAUACAAUAGAGCAAACCCCCCUCCCCCAGUAAAUGAGAUGUUGUAUAUAUAUAAGUAGGAAUGAGUGUAUAUUAUUAUAUAUCAAAAGUGAACACAAACGCAUAUACCUAAAGAGCACACUCAUAAUCUAAUAGCGCAUACCGGCAUAAGCCGCAGCUAAAGGCACAAAGUGAAAUCGAACGAUUGUUUUUUUCUUCUGUUUGUAGCAUACCCUCUGGAUUACACGGAAGUUGCACAGUGUAAUAGAAAGGGAAAGCUCCUUCUCCAAUUAAUUUAGAGUACUGCUCUAUUAAUCAGCAACCGGCUUCCAAUUACACACGGUGGGAAAGAUAAUGCAGAUAGAUAGCGGGAUCCGGGGGUGUUUGAUGUGAUGUGUGCAUCGUUAUGAUACUUGUUUGCAAAUGAAACGUGAUUAACGAAUCGUAAAAAACACACUGUAGAAGGUUUUAAACCAAAAAAGAAAGAGAUUCUUUAUGCUCCACUACUGGUAGAGAGACUGGCAAAUUGGGUUUUUCCUUUUUUAAUAUUACUAAUGCAUAGGUAUGUAUUAUUUUUAUAGAAUAGAAACGAAUGCUGAUUGUGAAUGCGUGUAGAACGCGAAACGCAAACAGGAAACGGAAGUAUUUAUUGCUGUCUGUGUGGUGAGGGUAGGAGCGUGCGGCUUUUUCAAAAUUUACAACAGAAGAGCUAUGCAGAUGAAUUGUUGGCUACGCUACACCACAUACACAUACACAUAAGGUUCAACAUUUACACCUGCAGAAGGGGCCACAUACACUCAGUUUCGAUGUGCGAGCCCUUGGAGUGGCAUUACAGUUUAAAGGCGAAAUAGAAGGCACACAAGAAGUAAGGUGUGUUGCAGUAAACCAAAUGCAAUCAAACGAUGAAGCAAUUCAAGACGGCCAUAACAGAAGGAGCGACGAAUCGCUUUUCGCAUAAAAUCCAAAUGCUCGUGUUUUUUUGGGGAAGUUUUUGAUUUCUUUCCAGCAAAUUAGCGUUAGUGUGUAUUGGUCAAGGUUAGGUCAUUUUAGGAACUGAUGUAAUCAAGAGAAAACGACCCAAUGAUUAAAUCUCUACAGGAUUGCCACUAUUUA